CUGCACUCCAUCCAUACCUGUCCAGCCUCCCUGUCAUCCAUAUACUCAUCCUUUCUUUCUCACCCGGAUUGACCACCAGUCUCCUACCCUCUCCCUUUAGUCGCCUCCCCUUUGUAUAACCCGAGCUUUCCACCAUGCCCUCCAAUCCGGAAUGGGUGAAGGCCCUGAAGCCUUCCGGUCCACAAGGAAGCGAGCUUCUUCAGCAAGAGAGGGCAAAGUCCAACCUUAAUGUCGAUCAGCUAGCGGACUUUAUGUUCACCAAAGAAAUCCUCCAACGAAACGAACGAAUUCUCAAUAUACUCACUGCGGAGCCUGUAUUCGACAAGUCUCAGAACUACUUCAGAGGACGAACAGAGAGAAUAGAGGCAGCAUUGGCGAGAGGAAAGCGUCUGCAACAACUCCAGGUCAAGCACAAGUGGACCAGAGAGGAGUUUCAGGCUGCCAAUGAGUUGAUCAGUGAGCCUACCCCAUACGGACUCCACGCGAGCAUGUUUCUCGUCACCCUCCGAGAACAGGGUACACCCGAGCAGCACAAACUCUUCCUUGAAAGAGCAGAGGCAUACAAGAUCAUUGGUUGCUACGCUCAAACCGAGCUUGGCCAUGGUUCAAACGUCAGAGGACUGGAAACCACCGCAACAUGGAACCCCGAAGACAAGACCUUUACCCUACAUUCGCCCACCCUAACGGCUUCCAAAUGGUGGAUUGGAUCAUUGGGGAAAGUCGCCAACCAUGCCGUCGUUAUGGCUCAACUAUACAUGGGCGGUAAGAACUAUGGCCCACAUCCAUUUGUCGUUCAAAUUAGAGAUCUCAAGACUCAUGAGCCUUUACCAAAUGUUCACGUUGGAGAUAUUGGCCCCAAGUUUGGCUACAAUACCAUGGACAACGGUUUUCUUCUGUUGAAAAAUGUAAAGAUUCCUCAUAUCAACAUGUUGGCUCGAUUCUCCCGGAUUGAUCCCAACACCAACAAAUAUAUCCGACCGUCCAAUCCAUCUCUCGUCUACGGCACCUUGACCUGGGUUCGAAGCAACAUCGUCCUCCAGUCUGGGUCUACCCUGGCUCGGGGUGUAACAAUUGCCACUAGAUACUGUGCAGUCAGACGACAGUUCCAGGACCGAGAUGCCCCUGCGAAUGAGCCAGGCGAGAACCAGGUCCUUAACUAUACUAUGGUUCAAGUUCGUCUCCUUCCACUCCUUGCCGCCACUUACGCUCUACACUUCACCGGCAAAGGUAUGAUCGGUCUUUACGAAGAGAACCAAAAGCGUAUGAACGGCAAUGUAGGAAAGCUCUCCGAUGCCAAUCGUGCACCCGGGCCCGAAGAGCUCAACCCUGGUACUGAUCUACUUGCGGACCUUCAUGCCACUAGCUGUGCUCUCAAAGCUCUCGCGUCCACCACCGCGGCUGAGGGUCUUGAGGUUUGCCGUCGCGCGUGCGGUGGUCACGGAUACAGUUCCUUCUCCGGCAUCGGCAGCUGGUACGCCGACUAUCUUCCAACUGUGACGUGGGAAGGUGACAAUUACAUGCUCACUCAGCAAGUGUCUCGCUACCUUCUCAAGUCAGCGCGAUCCGUGCUCAAAGGCAAGGCCGCCGACAAUGACACGACUCGCUUCCUCAAGGAAUUCGUCCGUCGACGUGACAUUGGUGCGGCAUUCGACGUGAUUGGCAAUGAUCAGGACCUGGUCGACUCAUUCUCUUGGCGCGUGGCAUUCCUGACCUUUGAAGCUCUCCGCCACCGUGACGAGGACAAACAAUCCUGGAACUCGCUGUUGGUGGACUUCUGGCGCCUCUCGACGGCCCAUGCACAAUACAUGAUCGUCAAGAACUUCCACGAAGCCUUGAACGACACCAAGACGACCAAGCAGUUGGAUCCUGAGACGGUCAGCCUCUUGCACAAGCUAUUCCGUCUAUAUGCCUUGCACACUCUGGAGCGUGAAGCAAGCGAAUUCUACUCGAGUGCCGCUGUCACCGUGCGCCAGAUUACGCUCGCCCGCACCAAGGCUGUGAUGAAACUUCUCGAAGAAAUUCGACCCCACGCCGUGCGCCUGGUUGACGCCUGGAAGUUCCCAGACUGGCAACUCGACAGCUCACUCGGUCGGUACGACGGCAACGUGUAUGAGGACAUGUUCCACCGUGCGAGUGAAAUCAAUCCUUUGAACAGCGUCGUUUUCGACCCAUAUCCGGACUCGAAGGUACUGUUCAAGAAGGACGAAAGAGCGGACCUGAGAAGUAAAUUGUAAUUCACGCAAUGCCUAAAAAAUCUGCAAGUGGCUAAAGGAGUGGUUGAUAUGAUUCUCACGCACUUAUCCAUGUAUGUAUCUAACGGAGCAUGUGGUCUUUUGGAGCUUCGAUGCAUGUAUCAGGUACAUUUGGGAUCCAAUUUUGUCGAGGGGGGGUUCUUAUCUCUCAGGAGGGUCGGUUUUGGGAAAAGGAAAAAGAUAGAGGUAGAAAUUGUGGAUGUUUACAUUCAACGUGCUCUCG